GGAACAGAGAAGUGACAGACAAAAUAAUACUUGGAAACAGAAAGCAGCGAAUGGUUUACUAAAAUAUUGCUCAAAUGUUUUUCAUUUUGAUUAAUUGGGAAUCUGUCUUAUGAAGAGGUUGAAUGAAGCCUGUUCGAAGCAUGAUAUCUCUACAAUAAAUCUUACACACCUGGAGCCAUAAACAGUAAUUAUAACACAGAAAUGAAUGAGAACACAGGAAUCAGCGUUGAACUGAUUGAUUUAAGCUUGAAAAAGCCAUAUAGGCCUGCUUCACCUGGGCCAAGUCAUGUGUCGCUGGGACAAGGGUCUAUUACUACACCAGUAAAUUUUAAGGAGGAAACUUCUCCUCACAGGUCAAUUCAGCAUGAGGACUCAAACGUCACUCCUCGUCUGUCCAUGAAAACUGUUCGGUCGAUAAGCCCUCCUCUGCAGUUUAGGGAUAAAACAGAAUUACAUGAACAGCCAUCUGUUUAUCCGCUAAAUGUGAAUCAUUUUGCCUCAUGGAACAUAAUACCACCCAAUUUUCAAGAUGAACCACAUCCUGAUGACCUAAGAAGUCUGCAGAUGGGAUUAAGCUCAAGGAUUUUAAGUGAGGACCUGAUGUGGACAAUUCAAUUCAAGCAGACGUUGAAGAACAGAUAUCAGUGUAUAUUCGAGGGAAACGAAGAGCACAGCAACCCCACUCUGCUCAACAACGUCUACACUGAGCUCUACAUCACUGACAUCGGAAGUUGUGACAAUAGCGAACACGAGAUCAGACAGAUCGAGACAAUAUCUAAACAUCCGAUCAUAUGGGACACACCAAUCAAAGUUAACGAUGUCUUUAAAGCAUUUCCCGGAUCUACCAAACCAGUCCGAACUGUGCUCACAAAGGGAAUUGCUGGCAUUGGGAAAACCGUGUCUGUGCAGAAGUUCACCCUGGACUGGGCUGAAGAUAAAUCCAACCAGGACAUCCACAUGAUAUUUCCACUUCCAUUCCGCGAGUUGAAUAGAUUUAAAGAAAGUAAGGUUACUCUCAUCCACAUUCUCCAGCAGCUCUACCAUCUCGAGAUCGAAGCGGACGUGUUGAGCUCAGGCAAAUACAGGAUCAUUUUUAUCUUGGAUGGACUUGACGAAUGUCGAUUUUCUCUAGACUUCCAGGAAAACAGAAGUUGCUCCAGAGUGACAGAAGCUAUCUCAGUUAGUGCUUUACUGACAAACCUUAUAUGCAAGAACCUGCUUCCUUCUUCUCAGCUUUGGAUAACCUCACGACCAGCUGCGGCCUGUCAAAUACCACCUGACCUCAUUGAUCAAAUGACCGAGGUAAGAGGUUUCACUGACUCCCAAAAGGAAGAAUACUUUACCAAAAAGAUAAGCGAUCCAAACAUGUCACUCAGGAUCAUCUCGCACUUGAAGUCAUCGAGAAUCCUUCACGUCAUGUGCCACAUCCCGGUGUUUUGUUGGAUAUCGGCUACGGUUCUUGAAAGGAUAUUUGGUGAAUCAGAGGGUCGAGAAAUCCCCAAGACGCUCACACAAAUGUACAUGCACUUCCUGAUUUUCCAGAAUAAGCAAAGGAGUCACAAAUACGAUGGGAAUUACAAGGGAGAUGUGAACUGGGAUAGCCAGAGCAUGUUGUUGCUUGGAAAACUGGCAUUUCAACAGCUUGAAAAGGGUAAUUUACUUUUUUAUGAGGGCGAUCUAAGAGAAUGUGGGGUUGAUCUCAAAGACGCCUCCGUGUAUUCUGGAGUCUGCACACAGAUCUUCAAAGAAGAGACAGGACUACACCAGCAGAGGAUGUUCAGUUUCAUCCACGCCAGUAUCCAGGAGUUUUUAGCUGCGUUAUACGCCUUCCUUAUGUUCGUCAACUGCCAGCAAAACGUCCUCAGUCAUACGACAAAUGCAAAAAUUGCAAUUGCUUUUAACAAACCUUCAAUGCAUGAAUUUCUCAAGUAUGCCGUGGAAAAGGCUCUGGCAAGUGACAAUGGACACUUGGACCUUUUUCUCCGUUUUUUGCUGGGACUUUCCCAUGCUUCCAAUCAGACCCUUCUCCAACUACUGCUAACUGAGACUUGGAGUGAUCCUGAAGGUGGCAGGAAAACUCUCCAAUACAUCAAGGAAAAGAUUAGGGAUCAGUCUUCAGCAGAGAAAGCAAUUAGUCUCUUUCACUGUCUUAGUGAACUGAAGGAUGAAUCCCUGGUAGAAGAAGUCCAGGACUACUUAGGUUCAGGUGGCUUUAAAGGUGGAAAGCUGUCUCCUUCACACUGCUCCGCUUUGGCCUACACAUUGUUGAUGUCUGACGAAGAACUUGAUGUGUUCAACCUGACUAAAUGUAUUAAUCCGAGUAUGAUCUCAAAUGAGGGAAUGCUGAGACUCCUGCCAGUGAUCAAAGCAUCCAGACUGGCUUUGCUAAGGUUAUGUAAUGUGACAGAGAAAGUCUGUGCAGGCCUGAGCUCUGUUCUCAGCUCAAGUCAUUCAUGUCUGAGAGAGCUAGAUUUGAGCUCCAGCAAUCUUAAAGAUUCAGGAAUACGUCAUCUUGCUGUUGGACUGGGGAAUCCCCAGUGCAAGCUAGAGAUUUUAAGAGUUUUUAAUUGUAGCAUUGGUGAGGAUGGCUGUGCCUCAUUGGCCUCUGCUCUGAGGUCAAACCCAUCUUACUUAAGGGAACUUGAUUUAUCACACAACCAACCUCAUGAUUCAGGUGUAAAAAUUCUUUCUGAUGUGCUGACAAACUCAACCUGUAUACUGGAAACACUCAGGUUUAUGGGUUGUGAACUGACAAAGAAAAGCUGUGCGGCAUUGGCCCAAGUGCUUCAGUCCUCCUGUUCCAGCCUGAAAAAUCUGGACUUAAAUCUGAAUAGUCUUGAGGAUUCAGGUGUGAAGAUGCUUUGUGCUGGUUUGAAGAGUCCUCAGUGUAAGCUUCAGACGCUGAGUCUCUCAGACUGUGGAAUUACAGCCGCUGGAUGUCCAAUACUGGCAUCUGCGUUACAGUCGAACCCAUCACAUCUGACAGUGCUGGACCUUAGCCUCAAUAACCUUACAGAUACAGGAGUGAUGCACCUGCUUCCUUUGUUUAAAGAUCCAAGUGUUAAUCUAGAGAAAUUAUGGUUGAAUAAUUGUGAUCUCACACAAAGAAGCUGUCAGAUGAUGAGUUGUGCAGACCAAUCCAAAUGUUCAAGUCUUAAAGAGCUAAACCUGAGUGCAAAUGUGAUAAUGGACUCUGGUUUGGAGCAGCUCACAGUGGGAUUAUGUCAUCUUCUAUCUGGUCUACAGUCACUAAGUUUAACCUACUGUAGUAUUACAGAAAAUGGCUGCACUUCUCUGGCAUCGGCUUUAAGAUCAAACCAGUCACAGCUAAGAGAUCUGGAUCUUAGAGGAAACAGACUUUCAGAUUCAGGGAUUAAACUACUUUCAGAUCUGCUGGAGGAUCCAAACUGUAAACUAGAAAAACUGGAAUUAUAUCCACUUAUCAGGUGUGAUGACAAAGAGGCCUAAAUUAGAGAACACAUUGUAGAAAAAGCUGGAUUAAUGGAAAAUUGACUGACUUUCUCUCAGCACUGCUACAGCACAACAGUCACACCUGAAAGGAGGACAGAGACGUGAACAAGGUCUUUAUGUCGUUCGUCCUCUAAAUUAUUUAAACCUAUACAAGGAAAAGCCAUCAUGGAAACUUGGCAAGAGGUUUGAAACAUCUGUCAUACCUGUAUGUGCGUGAGACUGAAUUAAAGAUAUGCACAGAGUGUCUGAGCCAUGGUGAGCCAUGAGUUGCCGGAAUACAGAAACAUGUGAAAAAUGAGGAAGAACAGGUUUACUGUUUUUUUUUUAGCUGCAAUAACUUUAGCAAAAAUGUAAUAGUCAAUUCACUUCAUUAAUCAAUUGCCCAAGUAAUAAAACUACCCAGAUACAACAUUAUAAAGUUCCCAGCAAGCAAUUUUGUACUUCAAAGAGUACUAAACAAUUUAGUCUGUCGGUGGAAAUUUAACAGACGUCUAACCGUAGCUCCAACGUAUAAUGAAAACAAACACCUUGUAAUCACUGUUGACUUACAUGAUGGGAUAUCAUACAUCUCAAGUUAUUUUGGCAAAACUCAACAUGUUACCAAAUUUAAGUUUAUUUUGGUAAUAGUGGGUUACUCAUUUAUCAGGUCUGUAACGGCUAUUGCUUGCUGGGUUAUACAAAAUGAAAAUGAUUUUUACAAAACUAAAAAAAAUUUUUUUGCACAUAGGCUACUGUAGAUCACAUAAUUGUCAUUAAGUCGUAUGCCGUUUUACUGUAUUGAUAUUUGAAUCAUCAGAUUAAACAACUUCUGAAGUGUUUUAUGACUGAAUAAAAAUGUAAAAACGAUGUAAAUCUCUAUGUAAACAGCAGAGGGUGGUACAGUAUCACUGUUAUACCACAUCCUAAAGAUAUCUGUGGAAAUGUAUUAUUUUUUAUGUAUUAUUUAUGUAUUAUAUGAACAAUUCCAGCAUCGUGAAUGUGACAUUUGUGGUCUAAACUUGAAAUAUAAUCAGAGAAUGUGUUUAGUACCAAUUUAUUUAACCAUCCGUUUAUAUUUUCCUAAAUCUCUGAUGAUAGAGUCCAAGCACACAGAAAAAUAUCAGUUUAUACUCAUGUUUUUUUUGUUUCAGAUGAGGGAAAAUAUAUGCUUUAUAAAGUUUUUGGGAGACAAAAUACUUUGUAGGAAUUCUGUAAAUUAAAAUGCACAAACCAAAAGCAAUAAUACUUAAUAUUUAUUUUUUAAACCAUUUUUGUGUGAGGAAGAAACAACAUUAUUAUAAUUCUGAAAUUUGCAUUUACUUAACUAUGAAAAAUAAUUCAAACAAUGCUUUAACAACUUUAACAGAGACUUUGAUGGGUAUUUAAACCACCAAAUAUUGACAUAUAAGUAUAGUUAAAAACUUUGGGGACGUUACUUUUCAUAAUAAGGUUUACAUUUGCAUGGAAUUGCCCAUAUGUAUAUUUAUAUGUAUAUAAAAUGUUUCUUUAAGCAUUAAUGAAAAUGAUUUCUCACAAUGCUGUCUGUUUUAUUUCAAGUUCAUUUGUAAUGAUCAGAUUUUUAAUAUUAUGUAAUAAUAUGUAUUUAGAGAAUAAUGGAAAGAGUAUGAACAAUAUUUAUAAAACAAGAUUUGGUGAACUAAAAUAAACCGCUGUGUUAUCAGUAACACUGUAUUUAAGCAAUAUCGCUCGAGUAGGAGGCAAUCACAGCCGUGAUGAUAUAGAGCUAUAUCACACGACUCCGAGAGCGAUAUUGCUUUUAUACAACAGUUCGACGGCACACGUUUGAAAAACGAAAACUAGAAAACAACAACGGAGUUAUUUUAAAAGCCUCUUUGUUUGAGAACUACUUCUUCCGCCACGGAUUUGAGGGCGGCCAGAAUGACAGGUAAAACUUUCGGCUGCUUUGAAGCUCAUAACAACUCAAUGGACGGAAAAGCCGUUUCUUUAUAUUACCGUUUCUUGGUCACAAAGUGUAGUUUUAAGAUUAGUUCAGUCGAGAAUGUAUAUGUAUUAUAUUUAAAUCUGCAGUCGAUUAGUAAAGAUAGCGCCUGUUUGAACGUUUGCUUAGUGAGAUUCGGUACGAAUGAGAACCAAAGCAUGAGCGGACGUCAGUGUUCACUCGCCCCGCUGACCACCGCCCUCUCUGGGCUACAUCUCUGAAAGAGAUACCCUGGCCCUCAUGUUGGCCUUGUUUGUUUUUGAUGGUCAAAAUUAGAUCAAAUCAGCAGUAUUUGGUGUCAUGAUCAAACUAUUACUUGUUUUUUUAUUCAUAUUUAGUGUCUUUUGUGUUGUUAUUGUUUUGGCGCGAGGUAAAAGUUAAUAAAACUAUACUUGUUUAAUGUUACUAUUGCGUUCCCAUUUACUCUUAUAACGCGAUACGAGCACUCGAUUAUUAUUAAACUUUGUUCUUGUCAGUACUAUAUAAAACUGUUUUUUAUAAGUGUCAGAGAGAUGUUUUUGCAUGCUGCUUAUAAAUAUACCAGUGGCGAUAUCUCAUAACAUGUUUUAAUAGUCACGUCACG